AUGCAGCGGAACGCCUCCCUUUUCGGCAAAUAUCUGCGCUGUUUGGGUCGGACAGCUCAGAAGGGCUUCAAGAAGAAGCAAAUCCUCGCCCCCAUUCCGGUGAAGGCAUACGGCAGGCCGCCCUCUGCCGCCUCGCAGUGCGGGUUGUACCACGACGAAGACUACAAUUAUCACACAAAGAUCUCCUUCUCCCUCCGUAAACACCGCCGCAAGUUGAAGCCGAAUGUACUGAAGAAGGAUUUUGUGUCGGAGGCGCUGAACACCACGCUCAAGAACGUGAAGGUCACGACGUCUGCGCUCCACGCGAUCGACGAUGCCGGUGGUAUUGACGCGUAUGUGUGUCGCACUCCUCCAGAAGAGCUGCGCAGCGUCUUUGGGGAGAAGAUGAAAGCUGUCAUGCGUUUCUACGAGCUCUCACCCGACGUCAGGCGCUGGGCGAUGCCGUGGAAGGCGUUCGCCAGCGCAGCGGCACGCGAGGACCCCUGCCUCGCACUGUAUCGACACCUGAGGGGAAAAGAAGUGCACGAGGCGAGGCUGCGGCAGGAGCAGCGGUUGCAUUCUCCCUACUUCCUACCACCCCUGCAGAGCAUGCACCCGAUCAGGCAGCAAUUUCCGGAGGCAGCAGCGGAGCCACAGCCGCUACACUUGGGGUGGGCUACAGACUCUGCGCAUGCAACGGCCUUCAAGCGGCGCAUUGGAAUGGCUGUCAAUCAGGUGCGAUCACACGCCUCGCACGAAGCAGAGGACGGAUAUCGAACCGGCAACAACAGGGGAGGAGGAGGCCAAAGCGGCUCUUCCCUCCGCAAGAGAUCCAAGACACACAAAUGGCGAGAGAUCCGAGCUUACUAA